CCCUACUUCCCCGCCUCCUCCCUCCUUUUUUAUCUCAGCAGACAUUAACAACUUUGCCGCACUCAGCUCUCAGCUCUCCAAUGGAACCGGUACGAUCAGGAUGUUUCUGCGCCUUUAUCCUCUUUCUCGCUGUCCGCCUGCGUGCAGCGGACUGUGCGAAAGUGAUCGUAGGAGACCCGUUCAAGAUUCCUAUAAGCUGCGAGCCGGGGAGGCUGCUGCGGGAUUUGGGGGAUGAUGGUACCCGGGAGGUCGCUACUGGUCAAAGCGGGCAGUGGAAGGUGAGCAGAGAGGAGGACAGAGACCGGAUAAAGAUCGACUCUUCAAACAUCGUUUUCACUCACACGCUGUACACCGAUGGAGGGAUCUAUGAACUGACCUGCUCCACGUCUGGAACCAAGGAAACCAUCCAGCUGGAGGUAGUUGUUGCCAGUGAAAAGUCAGUGACCCAGGGUGAUAAAGUGACGCUCCCGUGUUACUUUAAAACCAUCCGGGGAACAGGCUUACCUGGUUGGUGGGAGAGAAAUGGGAAGCAUGUGUGUGUGAAGAAUUUCAAUUAUGAAGGCUGCAGCGGGACACCUGCUGACAGACUGACUGUGUCCACUGACUGGAUCACUACUGGAGAUCUGUCACUGACCAUUGAGGAGGCGCAGCCUGGGGACAGCGGGGAUUAUUUCUGCUACACCCAAGAUGGGAAACGAUCUGGAAAACCCGCUGCUGUUAGACUGACUGUCAUUGAGAAAAAGUCACAUCAGAUGAUCUCCAGCACAGCAGCACCAGGAAAUCCAACUCAGAGUUGUGCCGAACACACUCAGCCCUGGCAGAUGUCCACCUGGGUUCUCGCUGUGAUCCUGCUGCUUGUUGCUCUUGUUGCUCUUCGUUUGUGGUGCCGUGGCAAAAUAAACUUUGACUCUGGAAAACUUUACGAGCUGGUACAGAGACGCUGCCAUGCUUCCAACUCUACUGAAGCUACAACAAGUGUUUAAAUAGACCGGGUUAUUUAUUUAUUAGGGGUUUUUUGUCAUCGAAGCUCAUGAAUCCGGUUCAUUUUUUGUAAGCAUUUGUAAAUAAAACUAUAAACCAUGUA